CCAGCCCAAGUCUGUAAACCUGAAUGGUGUGAUUCGUGGCUUAACUAUCAGCAUAUAUUCAAGUUUCCUCCUUUUCAACCAAAAGUUUUAGUGGUUUUCCCGCAAAGUGGUUCUUUUCGGAUUUUGUCUCCGCAAAUCACACCCAUGGAGUUAGCCACUUCUUUCAUCUCAGGCGCACAGCUGAACUUGCUUUGUCCCAAGAAUCUCACAACCUCCACUUCCCGCUCUUACAAGCUUCCUAAAAGAACCAAGUUUCUGAGCCUUCACUCUCUGCUUCCACCCCCGUUUUCCAAUGCCUUUAUUUGCCAAGGAAGCAGCUUUGGUUUCAUUAACAACUCUACCUCUACCUCAAGUACCAAUAGUAACAUUUCUAACAGGUUUUACAAGAGGUUGGAUUCUUGUUUGAUCAUACCCCCAUCCAGAAACAAGAAACCACGUGCUAUCAUCAAGUUCUUAGGAGGUGCUUUCCUUGGAGCUGUCCCCGAAGUUACUUACAGUUACUUGAUUGAGCUUUUGGCCAAGGAAGGAUUUUUGAUUAUAUCAGUGCCAUACAAUGUGACAUUUGAUCAUGAACAAGCUACUAAACAAGUGUAUGAGAGGUUUAAUGCUUGCUUGGACAACAUUCUUGCUUUUGGAUAUCCAGAUGCUAAUCUUACUCCUGCUGAUCUUGUUAAUCUUCCACUUUUCUCUGUUGGUCACAGCAAUGGUGCUCUUCUUCAAGUACUCACAGGCAGUUAUUUCUCUGAGAGGAUACCGAAGGCUAAUGCCAUAAUCUCAUACAACAACAAGUCAGCAACAGAGGCGGUGCCAUACUUUGAGCAGUUGGGUCCUCUAGUUAGGCAGAUGAUGCCAAUGGUAGAAACAUCUCCAAUGUAUUCAAUGGCUAGGAGUGCUUCAGAUGAUGCGUGGAAGAUGUUUAUUGACACUGCUGGAGCAAUGAUACCUGAAAGAGACCAAGAAGCCUUUGUCUCGUUCACCAAUUUUGUGGAUCAGUUGCCCUCCGUUUUUGGUCAGGUCACACAAGGGAUAUCAGAGUUCAAGCCAACACCUUCUGAGAACCGUGAAUGUUGCAAGAACAAAUACAAUGUCCAACAUACACUACUGGUGAAGUUCAACUUUGACACAAUUGAUGAAACUGAUCUCCUUGAAGAGACAUUGAAGCCUCGCGUGGAGUCUAUUGCUGGGACGCUAGAAAAGGUCCAAUUAAGUGGCAACCAUAUAACACCGUGUGUGCUGGAACCAAAAUGGCAAGCAGGAUAUGUAUACACUCCGGCAGAUGCUAUUGCUCAGGGAUUUAAGACUCUUUCACUGAGUGAAACUAAAGUGCUCUCAAGAACAAUUUCUGAUUGGUUCAGACGUUUUGAAGAGUAACUGCCAAAAUUUGAUGGUAAGUUGAUUCUGUGCGGGCACACAGUUUAUUGAAAAUAUAAUUUAUGAGAUUAUUGAGGUCCAAGGAAUUAAAAAUUAGAUAGCUGCAUGUGUAUAGCCAAGCUGAAUGAGCUUUCAUAUGUACCAACAAAUGAAAAUUAGGAAUUGAACUUAGACUACAAAUUGAUCAAAAAAGAAUAUAAAAUGGGCCCCUGAGAGCUUCUUUUAUCUGAUAUACAUUUCUUGCUUGAAUGUACAUAAUAUGAAUUUCAUUAGCUGAAUUGGUUGGUCUCUUCCGAAUCCAUGAAAUCAAUGGGCAAAUACUUUUCUCUAUUUGAACAUA